AUGGGGAAUAGUCAGUCGCAGCAGCAGCAGCACUUCACGGCCAACGAGCUGCGUGCCCUGCUGGGGAAGGACAACCAAUGGUACCGGCACCAGCAGCAGCACCCGCAGGUGGCCGAGGAGAACCUCUUCGACGACGAUUUCGUGGCCAAGCAGUACCUCCACGAAUUGGGCAGCUGCACCCACAUCUACAAGGAGCAGGACCAGCUGCUCCAGAAACGCCUCGAGAGCUACGAGAAGGGCCUCAACCUCAUGCUCUCGCUCGCGGUCACGCACAACCCGGGCUUCCAGGAGAAGGAGAUGAGGUGGCUCAAGAAGGAGAUGGAGCACCUCACCCAGUCCCCCACCAACGCCUUCGCCUCGGUCCUCGACAAGCGCCUGCUCCUCCUGCGCCACUACUACCUCGCCCUCAUCCGCUUCGACCAGCGCCAGCACUAUCGGAAGCGUAUCCCGGCGCCGCCCGCACCGCCCACCGUGGCCGGGGUGGAGCAGCCGGCAGCCGCUGCCGCCACGCGCAGGGUGGACCUCACCUCACUCCUGCGGCAGCGCCUGCGGCAGCGCCAGGCCCAGCGAGCAUCGGCCGCUGCUGCCGCGGCACCAACGGGCGAGCCACAGGAGACGCCGGCGACGGGCGAGGCAGGACAAUCGGGUGCGGAGCCGCCGGGUCCAUCGUCGACGAGUGGCGCGGCGCAGAGUCCUCCUCCCGAGGUCCAGCAGCAGCAGCAGCAGCAGCUGGAGGAGGAGAGCGUGUCCCUGGCCGAGAUAGGUUCGCUCAUCGGACUCAUGCUCGAGGAGGAAGGGCAGCAGCAGCAGCAGCAGCAGCAGCAGCAAGAGGAGGAGGAAGGGCAGCAAGCGGUGGCCGAAGCGGAGGGCACAGGAGCGGUGGCCGACGACGAUGCCGACGACGAGGUGGAGCGCAAGGCCGAGGAGCAGCUUCGCCGCGAGGAGGAGCGCCGGAAGGCCGAAGAGGGAGAGGCCGCCCGGCCCAAGAGGAGCGACCAGGAAACCUUUGUGUGGAGCCUCUUCCAGGGCACGUUGGACGAGCCCCUGUUGGAGAGGGUGCUGGCGAGCCUACGGGAGCUGCCCGCGGGCGAGCAGCUGCUGUGCGUCGACCACCACGACAACGACUUUGACUGGAGCCGACCGCCACCCGAGGCCGGGGAACAGGCCGAGCAACGCGACGCCGACGCCAAAGAUGAGAGCCUUGCGCCCUCAACUGAGACUUCGAAGGAGGUGCGGGAGUUUGAGGAGAGCCUGCUGUGCCACCUGGUGGGCCACCUCUUCGAGAUCGAGCAGCAAACCAUGGCCGACCUCCUCCACUCCGCCGCCGCCGCCGCCGCCAGAAAUAGCGCCGUCGAGGACGAAGCCGAACAGCCGUCGGACAAACAGGACGUCGCACCUGCCACGACGACGCCAUCGUCGCACACAUCUGAACCACGGCACAUCCUGCAGAAGGACCUGCUGAAGGACGUCGCGUUCUCGCAGUAUCAACAGAGCAGGCUCGCCGCCCAGCAGCAGCAGCCGCAGGCAACCCACGAGGAGCGGGCCAGCGCGGAAAAGGAGGCGCGCCUUCGCCUGCGCAACUUGGUCCACUACGCGCGCACGGUGAUCGGCCAUGCCACUCGCCUUCUCGAUGCCGCGCUCGACACCACCGCACGCCUGGCCCUUCUCCGCGAGAAGGAGGAGCGGGAGCGCCUCGAGAAGGAGGAGCGCGAGAAGGGGGAGCUCGAAAAGCCGGAGGGCAUGGACCACGUCGAAGAAGACGGCAAGGCCUCCUCCGCCACGGCGGCGGCGGCGGCGACGGCGGACCACCAGAACAACCAGCUCCCGCCGGCGACAAGGCGACCGCAAGGCGGCUCCGCGGCGACGCCGGCGGCUCCGGUGGAUGAGCGAGUCCGAGAGGCUCUCGUGCAGGGCAUCGUGCUGCGCAUCGUGAGGCCUCUCGCCACCGCCCUCUGCCUGUUCCUCGACGACGCCCCCUCGGGGGGCGCCAACAGCCGCCUGCACCAGCACCUGGCCUCCUCUCUCCUGAGCCCCCUCGUCUCCCUCCUCAAGUCUCUGGACGCGAUCAACGCGAGGGCCGAUGACGUGUCGGGCGCGGAGGUCGACUACCACGAGCGGGAGAACGCCAAGCUGCUCUUCAAGACCGUCGACCGGAAGAAGGUGGAGACGCCGCACAACUACUACCCCAACACCGACGAGGAGAAGGUGGUGCGCAUCCCCGGUGCCACUCACCUGUGCGUCACCUUCGACGAGCGGUGCAACCUUGAGAAGGACAGGGACUUCCUGCACUUGUACAGACGGCCGGGCAAGCAGCAGCCCAUCUUCACUCCGUUCACGGGGCCUCCCAACGCGUGGCCCCGCAUCCCCAUCAUCGUGCCGGGCGACACCGUCUGCUUCCACUUCACCUCCGACCCCUUCAACACCUACUGGGGGUACCGUUGUAUCGUAACGGGGUUGACGUUGGAGAGCUCGGUGGUGCCGCUGUGGGACCUGGAGCGCACGGUGUCGUCGCUGGUGGGCCGAUGCGUGAAGCACCUCCUCGUGGGACCUGCCCUGGGCAAGGCCGAGGCGGCCCUGGCCAGGUGGCUCGACUCGGACCUGCUCGCGGGGGGCCUCUUGGCAUCGGCUGCUCCAGCCGACCACGACGUCGUCGACCUCGACCGCCUCCUCCGCGUGGACGUCUCGCGAGACAAAGAGGCCGAGCGGAGCGCUGCCGACGACGCGGAGCAGGAGGCCCAGGCCGCCAAAGAGGGGGACGAGGAGCUGGCCUGGCUGCUUGCGGAGGGCAUGGCCGAGCAGGGGCGGGGCGCGGAGGGCGCCCCCGGCUACCGCCAGCUGUUCGCGCAAAAGAACCGGGAGCUGCCGGACAUGUUUGACCGAUUCGGCGGAGAGGUCAUCGACGAGGCCAUGCGCUGGUUUGUUGCUGCCGCUCUACGCCACCUCCGCCUGGUCGACGUCGCCCGCAAACAGGAGAGGACGGAGGACGAGGAGAAGCUGCUGAGCGCGGUAUGGCGGGAGGCCAAGAAUCUGCGCAGGUGGGUUGUACAGGAGAAGCAGCGCAUCGCCAACGAAAUCAGCGAGAUCGAGAGGCAGAAGGAGGAACAGGCCCAAGCCGCCGUCGCCGCCGCCGCCAACGUCAACGUUGUCUCGGGAUCGACGUCCUCCAGCUCCACCGCGACUGGCGCCGCGGAGCCGCCGGCUCAGGCGCUCAGCGGCAGUGCAUCGGCGGCGGUGGUGCCGGAGAAGAAACCUCCGGUGGAUCGCACCACGUACGAGUACUUCCGCGACACGAUGGUGGCCAAGCUGCGCGUGCUCCUCCUGCACUAUGUGAAGCACACGCCCGAGGCGUCGCCCGUGCCGGUGCUGCUGCGCCGGGAGAGGCGGGCACACGCGAGGGCCAAAGCGCUGGAGACCAUCCACGACCUGGUCCGCUCGCUCUCCCUGCUCUCCGCCAAGCAGGACGUCCUCCGCAUCGCCGCGUGCGCCUGGCGAUCGAUUGAAGGCGUCGUGGCCUCGGCGGAUGCCGCUGCAGCGCAAGCCAGUAGUCGGGGCAGCCACUAUCUGAGCAACACAAGCGGGUGCGGGGAGGCCGUGAGGGAGCAGCUGCGUGGGAGCUUCAGCUCGCUCUACCAGUACCUCACCGCCCUGCUUGUGGCGCCCGGUCCUCAUCCGACGGACAUCAUCACGUGCGGCCACGUCCUGAACUUCUGGUGCCUCAACUUCAAGCCGGAGGACCACCACUUCCUCACCCAAACCCACAUCCUGGAUAUUUGCCACGACCUCAUGACCACGUCGGGCAGCGGCGAGAACAAGGCGAGGCGUCGGCUGCGGGUGCUGGGGCGGUUGGCCUUCCGGUAUCUGGCCAUCCAGUGCCUGGCCCCCGGGGCUUCGCAGGCCGACCGCACCGCAGCCCAGCAGCACCUCCUGGAGACCAUCGUCCAGGACCUCGAGCUCUCCAUCAGCUUCCUCCACCAAAAGAGGCAGGACCUCGGCCGCGUCAUGUCCUCCGGUGACAUCGGCGCGUCGGAGGAGGGCGACAUCACGCCCGACACCGUGGCCUACCACAAGGAGGAGAAGUUCUGCUACGCCCAGCUGGUGCUGUUCCACACCGUCACGUCCCAGGAGACCCCCGCCAACGACGCCUUCCUCGCCACCUCCCGCAUCAUGCGCCUUCUCCUCUUCGUUCACUUUGCCGGAACGCCCGAGCUGCAGAGGCUCGCGCUACGGAUGCUGCGGCGCAUCCUGCCGCUCGUGGACCCCGCCCUGUUCGACCGCUCGCCGGAGCUCCUGGACUUCGUGACCGCGGGCGAUGCCGGAGAUCUCAUCCCCUUCGGCGUGUCCCCAUUCGGCAACGACGACGACGACGACGGCCAAGAGAAGGGCAAUGGCGACGAGCUGCCGGCGGCGGGCGCCGGAGUGACGAACGCGCUCGUGCGACAUUUCUUCGGGCUGCUCGGGCAGCGCCUGUUCCUCGACGCCGGAGAGAAGACGGGCACGCUGCGGCACCGGCUCACGGCGUCGCACACGGCGUCGUUUGCGCACAACUUCAGAGACGGGCAGGUGGCCUUCAUGGAGGGCGAGGAGGUCCUCAUGCUCCUCCGCUCGCUCGUCGAGAGCAGCGCCUCGCCCCCCACGACGUCGUGGUCGGCCCUCAUCACGGCCGCUGCCCGCAACGCCCUCCUCGCCCUGCCCGCCCUCGUCGAAGCCCAGCGCUUCGCCCUCAUCCCUGACCUCUACCGCCGCCCCCGCCCCGUCUACCACACCCUCGCCGCCCUCUGCCUCCUCGGCGGCUGCGUCGAGGGCCUCCGCGUGACCUCGACGAGGGAGCUGGGCACGCUGGUCUUCUACGACCGGCGGUCGUCGCAGGCCAAGCUCAUCCUGGACUCGAGCCCCGACAAGGUGAUCGACGUGUACCCGGGCAAGAUCCGCGCGCAUCCCGAAUUUAAAAUCAACCCGGACCGCUUGCCCCUCACCAAGGAUCUGUUGGACGCCCUGAUCAUCUUCGCCAAGGUGUCCGACAAGCGCGACGAGGAGCGGCGCCGGCUGAAGGAACAGAAGGAGAGGGCCGAGCGGGAGAAAAAAGAGCGCGAGGCACGCGAAGCGCGAGAGCGCCAGGAGCGCGAGGAGGAGGAAGAGCGGAAGCGGCAGGAGGCAGCGGCCGCCGCGACGCCUCCCGAAUGGACGUGCGAGAUGUGCACCCUCAUCAACGAAAUCAACGAGCCGGCCAAGGCGGCGGUCCCAUCGGCCGCCGCCGCCGCCGAGCAGGACAAGGCACCCGGCGCCGAGGAGAAGGAGGAGGAGGAGGAGGACGGCCUGGCCUACGCUGACGAGGACAUCCUGUUCUACCAGCUGCGCUCCCGGGCCACCAAAGCCCUCUGCAAACUCAUGACCCACCCUGCCAACGCCGUGCUCGUGGCGGAGCAGGGCGGUAUGUCGACGCUGCUGUCAAUUGCGGUGCGCCCGACCGAGUUGGAGGAGUUCAAGAGCCUGGAGCAGCUCGAGACGCGGCAGGAUCGCCUCCUGGAGCUGCUCUAUCAGCACGGCGUGGGCAUGGACCGCGAAGAGGUGGGUCCCCAGCAGCUCUCCCAGGCCGAGCUCCUCGAGCACAACCCCUUCAAGGGCCAACCGGUGAACCUGCCGUCGGCGUUCGACCGGAGCUCGGCGCGAGCGGUGGGCUUCAUUGGAGGGCAGAUGCGCACGCUGGUGGGGCGUGCCAACCCGAUGAGCCUGCUGGAGAGCGUGGGGCUUGCGCGCGCCAACUUCGCCAUCCCCAAUUCGCUCCCGGCGUUCUACUUUGAGAUCCGCUUCGUCAAGGACGAAUCCUUCAAGGGCAGCAUCGAGGCGCAGCUCAUCGCCGAUGAGAGCGACGACGACGCAGAGAUCCCCGACGACGUCGUCGCGCAGGCGGCAACUGAGGGCGAAUCCGCCGCAACCAAGGACAGUGCCGCCGCAUCGCCGGCAUCCGAAGUCCCCGCUCCUGCCACCGAGCCGGCCCUUCCGCCCUCGGGCUCCCGCGAGCAGCCGGCGCCGCAAGAACAGCCGCCGCCGCCGGAGGAGAGUGAGAAGGGCAAGGAGCGAGACGAGAGGCCGCGCGGGAAGCAGCAGCGGCAGGGGGAGGGCAAGGAGAAGGGUCCCAAGGGGCUCAACAUCGGCGUGGGCCUCUACCGCGAGGGCAUCCCCCUGCAGGGCGCCCCCGGAGAACACAACAGCUACGCCUACGUGGGAUCGCGAGGACGUGCCCUGCACAACGUGGGCAACCUGCGGGUGUCGGGCAUCGAUUCGCGCGCGUACGGCCCCACGUUCAACGUGGGCGACGUGGUCGGGUGCGGCUGGGACAUCCGGGGCAAGAGCCUCUACUUCACCCUCAACGGCCAAUACCUGGGCAGCGCCUUCUCCAACGUGAGUGGUCGGUUCUGCCCGGUGGUGUGGAUCAGGACGAGCGGCGUCAAGGUGCAGGCCAACUUCGGGCAGGAGCCCUUCCUGUUCGAGUUCGUGAGCACCCUGCCCGAGGGCUACCUCGAGGGCAUGGAGCACAUGGAGAGCAAGGCCAAGGUCAUGACCAUCCAGGAGAUCAAGCGCCGCACUCAAGCCGAGGAACUGAUGCUGAUGAUGGGCGUGUUCCCCCUCGAGCUGUGCGUGGUGGCCCUCGAGCGAAGUCGCGACGACAUCACGUACGCAGCCAAUUGGCUGCUGGAGCGGGGCUACCAGGAGCUCGACCGGUGGGCCAAGGACACCAUCGCCGUCAGCAAGCGCGAACAGGAGGAGCGCGAAAUGAAGGUCCUCCUCGACACCCAACAACGGGGCGACAACCACCACCAGAGGGGCUCCGGGCAGAGUACGCGAAGCGAAUCGCGUGGUGCCGAGGAAGAUGAAGAGGAGGACGAAGAGGGGCAGCAGCAGCCCUACGGCGGCGACGACGGCAACGAGGAGGAGGAGGAGGAGGAGGAAUGGGAGGACGAGGACGGGGAGGGCGACGAGGCGGACGACGACGGGGGUUCAUACUCGGAGGACUACAACCGGGACGCCAGCCGGUUCCUGGACGACGAGCUGGGCGCCGAUACGCCGGUGCAAGUGGAGCGCCGGGAGCGCAUCGUCGAGGGCAUGAAGUUCGAGGACAUCGUGCCCGGUAUCCAGCUCCGCGUGUCCCCCAACUCCAUCGAGAAGUAUGCCCACAUCAUGCACACCCUCGGACGCAUCGGCGUCGUCGCCGACACGGACAUCGACACCCUGCGUGUGCUGCUGCGGUUGGCCAAUCCCGAGACGGCCAGUCGUCACUACUUCUGGUUCUACUUUUACGAUCUCGAGAAGCCCGAAGGCAUGUACCAGGACCCGUGCAUGGACCUGGUCUCGUCCUCGACCAAGAUCAAGCCGUCGGCCAAGGCACCUACCAAGUCCGCAGCCUGGCUCGCCAUGUACGUGCGCCGGUGCGUGCUUUCGCUCAUCUCCUCGUGGACGGAACUGGAUCUCGCGCUGCUGGGUGGGCCACGCUACCUCAUCGACCUCCUCAAGCUCGCCUCUGCCGAGCACCUCGCCUCCAAGGCCAAGAACCCCACCUCCGGCGGGUGGGUGGGCGAGCUGGACGUGCCUCCGCUCACUCUGCCGGCCUACAACACCACCAAGCGGAUGCCCGGCGACGGCCACCACACGUCCGCCACGGCCCACUCCGGCAGCGGCAGCUCCUCCUCCUCCUCCUCCGUGCCAGAGGCGGAGAUGUCGUCCCUCACCAAGCUCGUCACCGAGGAGUGCAUCCUCCACUUCGUACAGGAGAGUGCCCACCCCUACGAGAACAACCAAGACUACCGGAAGGAGUUCCACAUCAACGGCGCCUCGCGCCUCAUCAUCCGCUUCGACCCGCGCUGCCACAUGAACACCGACAUGCUCUCCCGCGUCGCCUUCUACCGGGAUGACCAGUACCAGGACCCGAUAGCGGUCUACCGGGGUAAGAUGGGGGGCAACCAGUUUCAGCCGCUCAUCGUCAACGGGGACACGGUCUACUUCCGCUUCACGACGGGUCCCGUGGCCACGUUCUGGGGCUUCAAGUUCACCGUGACUCCCCUCGAGUGGCGCCUCAACGACAACCAAGCCCUCCAGGGCCUCAACUUCGAACUCGGGUAUUGGUUCCUGGAGCUGCUGCUGGAGGAGGGACCCUCGUUUGUGCGGAACGUGUACCUGGUAGAUCUCUACGACGCGCUCGUGUGGUACAUCCGUGCCGCCAAGCGGUCCGCCAAGGGGCGCGGCAUCCAGCUCCUCCUCCGCGUGCUACGCGAGAUCAACGCCUCGUCGGAGGCCUCCCGCAAGGUCCUCCUCCAAAAGGUGCUGGGCCUCCGUAAGAAGAUGGACGCCAUCUACUCCCAGGAGGUGACCGACAGCCGCCUGCUGCACUCGGCCCAUCUGCAGAGCCUGGUGGAGCUGGUGGCCGUGGCUCGGCUUGUGGGCGACGAGAUCCACCGCAGCUCCGAACGCGAAUUCGCUCCUCCUGCCCUCGUCGCAGCGGCCACGAGCAGCGGCGACGUCGGCAAACAGGACAAGGGCAAGGAAAAGGAAGAGGAAAAGGAAAAGGGAGAGGAGGCCGCCACGGAGGCCCGUGCGGAGCUGGUGGAGGUCGGGGAGGUGGGCAGGAUCUCGCUGCGGAUCAAGAAGGCCGUCUACGGCCGUAACCUGGACAAGCGCCGGUCGUGCCGCAACGUCACCCGCGAGCUGCAGGACUGGGUCGACCGUGUGGGCGGAGGCCAGUACCUCUGGCUGCCGCCCAACCACCAGACCGCCCUCCCCUUCCUCUCCGGAGCUCCUCGCGACCGCGCCGCCGCCGCCCUCUCACCCGCCUCCUCCUACUCGCCCUCGUCCUCCCUUGGCACCGCCGCCGCCGCCGUGAGGCCUCCCACCACUGCCGCGAGCCCUCGCACGGCAGCAGCAGCGCCCACGACCGCCACGGCAACGUCCGGCGCCGCCGCCGCCCCGCCGUCGUCGGUCGGAGGAGGAGGAGAAGGAUCUUCGCCAACGCCCACCCCAACGUCCACGCCCGCUCACACAUCUCCCGAAGACUCCCCCGCACACUCUCCGGGACACCUCGCCGCCGCCUCCUCCGCCUCGGGUACGGAGCCCGUCUCAGCCUCGGCAUCGGCCGGGGCUUCGUACGCCGGCGCGGGAGCGGCUUCGGAGGGCCGUAGCGGCGCCGCCACGCAGCAAAUGCCCAUCCCCAUCCGCUUGCCCUCGUCGUCGUCGUCGUCGUCCGGCGAUCUGCGUCAGAGCGGUGGGUCGCCCAUCUUCUUCUCCACCACCACCUCCGCCGCUGCCUCUUCGUCUCCCGCGCCCUUGCUGGGCUCCCCGACGACAGGCGGCGGCUCCUUGGCCUCUUCGCUGUCGUCUUCGGCCCCCAUCGUGCCGUCCAACCGCCGCCUCAAGAUCUGGUACGAGAUCGUCGACCACGCCACCGGCACCGUCCUCGAGCACGCCUGGCAGAGGACGGUGGGGUCGGGGGAGCAGCUCGUGGUCAAGGCCGAGCUCUCGUGGUUCGGCACCGUGGUGUCGGUGGCCGAUCAGGUGCAGAGUCUCCUGAAGCGCAAUGGCCGCUUCUCUCGCCGCCUUCUCGCCGAAGCCUUCCGAUUUGUUGGAGGGGUCCACGGCUCACCGGCGGUGAUGCUGGGCUCCAACGACCGGCGGGUGGUGGUGACGAUGAGCACGGAGAACGACUGGCGCGAGAGCUUCGCCUCCAACUCAGAGGUGCCCCUCGCCGAGUGGACGCACGUGGUGGUGCGGUGCGAGGCGCGCCAGAGGAGCGUGACCAUCUUCCUCAACGGCCUCCCGGACGGCGAGCACCGCCUCUCCAGCCCCGCCAAGCCCAACCCGCACCCCUUCUACCUGGGCCAGCCCCCCGAAGGCGUCGUCAAGCGACCCGCGAUGGACGGAUGCGAGGCCAUGGUGGAGGAGUUCGAGGCCUUCCUGGAGCGGGCGAGCAAGGGCUGGGGGCUGGAGGCCCUCACGCAGGUGGUGGAGCUGGUGGUGGGCCUGUGCGACGAGACCAAGCAGGACCCGCUCGUGAUCGACUCGGAUACCAUCGCGGUCGCCGAGGAGGACCUCAACCGCUUCCCCGCCAUUCGAAACCAGAACCUCUCGCUCGAGGACAUCCGCGUGCGCUUCACUGCGGUGCGCCUCUUCAAUCGGCAGCUCACGGUGGUGCUGCCCCUCGUCGACUUCUCGCAGACCCACCUCUCGUGGAGUCUCGCCCACUCUGUCUGCAAGCUCACUGGGCUCAUCUUCCCGUCGACGAAAGUGAACCUGUGGAACAAGAUCCUCAACAGCACCAUGUCGCGCGCCAACAAGCCCUCGGUCACCAUCAACAGGCCCAGAGCCCUUCGCGCCAAGGAGAAGGGCGAUCCGGAGGGUUCUCGGUCGGUGUUUGGGCAGGCCUACCGCCAGCUGCACUUCCUCAAGCCCGAGGUGCUGCGGGUACCCGGCCAGACCUUCUCCGUCACCUACGAGGGCGAGGGCGGACGCGACGCUGGCGGGCUGUUCCGGGACUGUAUAUCGCACAUGUGCGCUGACCUCCACUCGAGCUGGGUGCCGCUGUUUAUUCCGUGCCCCAACGCCAAGGGGUUCGGCGAGAACCAGGACAAGUGGAUCCCCAAUCCGCUUUCCCUCACGUCGCUGCACCUCUCCAUGUACGCCUUCGUGGGCAAGCUCAUGGGCAUCGCCAUCCGCGGCAAGCACAUCCUCAACCUCGACCUCCCCUCCAUUGUCUGGAAGCAACUGGUGGGAGCGGAGCUGACGGUGCGGGAUCUGGAGCUCAUCGACAAGCACUGCGUGAACCAGCUCGAGGAGGUGCGGGCCAUGACCGAGGGAACGGAGGAGGAGCGCGUCAUGUUCGAAGCGCUCGACUACACCUGGGCCACGCCUGCCGCCGACGGCAAGACCCUCCUGGACCUAUGCCCCAACGGACGCGACCUGCCGGUCCGCUUCGAGGACCGUUUGGACUACGCGCGCAAGGUCGAAGCUGCCCGCCUCAAUGAAUUCCGGGAGCAGGUGGAGAACAUGCGCAAGGGAAUGGCGACGAUCAUCCCCAUUCAGCUGCUCUCGCUAUUCACCUGGCAGGAGCUGGAGCUGAACGUGUGUGGCAAGAACAAGAUCGACAUCCAGCUCCUCCGCGAGAACACUCGCUACCAGUCGGGCUUCUCGGACGAGGAUGAGCACGUGCAGAUGAUGUGGCGCGUCCUGGAGUCUUUCACGCACAAGCAAAGGGAGCUCUUUCUGCGGUUCGUGUGGGGCCGCAGCCGCUUGCCGCUAACCUCGCUCGACUUCCAGCAGAAGUUCGUGAUCCUCUCGUGCGCGCAGAACAACGACAUGGUUCUGCCCAUCUCCCACACCUGCUUCUUCCAGCUCGAGCUGCCCCGCUACUCGGCCGACACCAUCCUACGCGAGAAGCUCCUCUACGCCAUCACCUACUGCCGCGACAUCGACACCGAUUUCCGAGCCGCCCCCGUGGACUGGGACGCCGACGAGUGA